AUGGCCUUGACCUUCCGCCACUCGGUCUUGACCAGCCGCAUCACCGCCUGUGUGAGCCGCUCUUGCCCCUCCGCGCCAGGGAUGCUCACCAUCCGAUGCUGAACGACAGACAGAUGGAUGGAUGGAUGCAUGGAUUUAUGUGUCUCUGUGUCUGUCUGUCUGUCUGUGGCUUGGUGUGUGUAUGUGUGUGUGUGUGUGUGUGUGGCUGAGUGUGGUUGACUCUCUCUCUCUCUCUGUGUGUGUGUGUGUGUGUGUGUGACACUGUGUGUUCAGGCGGGUCAGAGGUUCGUGGGCCCCUGGAUGCUGGAGAAUCCUCUGGCCAGAAACCUCACCUUCACGGCGGCGCUGGCGGUGUUUUCCGUGUUUGCUCACUACGGCGUGGACGAGCCGAUGCGGGCAUUCCUCAAUCUGGGCAAGAGGGGCCACAAGUAGAGUGACUGACUGGUCAACAUGACAUGCCCGUGUGGAGUGUGUGUGGGGGCUGCUGAAUGGUCAUCCCUGUUAAGUAGUCACAAUGGCAUGGCAGUCAAUAAGCUGUACUACAAAGCUGUAAUUAGCAAUGUGUGUAUUGGCCCGCCAGCGCGGGACCGAGCGAGCGAAUACACACAGUUGCACCCACACACACACACCCUCACACAGAGGAAGGAAGCUUGUCACUUCUUCAGAGACAAGCCUCCUCUCCCUUACCCCUUUCCAGGGCCCCCCACUCCUUAUGCAGUCUCCUUUAUACUUCCUCUCUUUUGGCACUCCCCAGCAAAAUCAGGACAGGAGAGAGAGAGAGAGAGAUCAAGUGUCUCUGCUGUCUACUUGGAAGGCAAAAAUGCCGUCUGCUCGAGUGGGUUCUUGGCGACGGGCUCGGCUCGCCGGCGCCAAGAACCCACGAAGGAGAAGAAGACCAGCAAAUGGCCGAUGUGCACUG